AUGGUCCAUGCUACGAUAAACAGACAGCCGAAAUACUUAAGGAAGAUAAUUAUUGUUUCAAUUAUCCGCCUGUGGAAAGAUCUGCCAACUGAAGUUGUAAACUCUCAGAGUCUAGAAGUCUUUAAAAACAAAAUGUUUGAAUAUUUAGGCGAUGUAAGAGAAGAUUAUCUGCGGCUACCUAGAUCUAAUUGUUGUAUGUAUGAUAACUCUUUUCUUGUUCGUGGCAUACGCAUCUGGAAUGCGCUGCCAGCCGAAAUUACAAAAGCCGAAAGCUUCGAAAUAUUCCGUAUACUGUGCUAUGAUUAUUAUUUCCAAAAUUAUUGA